AUGGAGAAACUAAUGCAGUGCCUAGGUACGCAAAUAAAAAAUAAACUCUUUUUAAAUGAACAGUCCCAGCAAAUUUGUUUAAAUGUUUAUAAAAAUUUGUUAAAACGUGGAUAUAUCGAAAACACUUCUACCGUGCAAGAAGCAGCGUUUCUUACUGGUAUAUCGGUUUAUAAAAUGAACCAAAUUAUAAAAAAUGGAAUUUCCAGCAGAAAAGUCCGUGAAGACAAAGGUGUGCAAAAAAAAUUAGAUCCAUCCAUGGCCAAAUCCAUUGUGAAUACAGUGUAUGAACUUUAUAAACAAAAUACCAUUCCCACUCUUGAUAUUAUACAUAGACGUUUAAGUGAAACUUAUUUCGAUACAAAUAUAAAAAAGUCUACAUUGUAUAAUUGGCUAAAAAAAAUCGGUUUUAAAUACAAAACGAUAGAUAAAAGAAGCGCAGUGAUGGAAACAAGACGAAUAGUAAACUGGAGAAAUUCUUAUUUACAGAAAAUUCGUGAAUAUAAAAAUGAAAGCAGGCCAAUUUAUUUUCUGGAUGAAACGUGGUAUGAUUCGCAUGAUACUGCAAAAAAGGGCUGGACAAACGAAAAUAAAUAA